AUGCCAGCUCAAUCACCUCAGUCGACAGUCCUAGGUUCAGGUGGCAACUCGCCAUGGCUAGACCCCGCAAGUCCCAAUCUUGGGACCUCUCCCAUAUUCGAUCGCAAGCGUGCCAGCUUGAUGGGCCUUCUGGGCGCCAACCGAGCCGAGAAUACAAACACAGGUCUGGGCUUGUAUGACUCCAGUCAGGAAAGGCCGCGUCCUCCAAAGGAGGACACCCUAUUCCAGAAGGUUAUGAAGAGUAAAUGGUCCAUGGUGCUCUUCCUCCUCCUCGGAAUUGGCGGUGCCCUAAGCCAUCAUUUCCUCUACUGGCAUCUCAGAGGUCAAGAUGCCAAAGAUCAACAGUGGUGGCUCCGCUUGGGCCAAUUCAUCUCAUUCGUAUCCAAGGCUGGCUUUGUUCUCUCUGUGCUUAUGGCACAACAGCAGACAGCCUGGAGGGCUGUCGGAAAAAAGGACUACUCUGUCCAUGCCAUUGACUCCCUCUUUGGCUCUUCCCAUGACAUUGUGGAGCUCUUCAGCAGAGAGGCAUGGAAAAAGACGUGGCUAGUCAUGACUCUGAGUCUCUACAUCUGGAUCAGUCCUCUUGUCGUCAUCUUUUCGUCCGCCACGCUCAGCGUUUCUUCCGGCCUCACGGUAGAUAGAAACGCCAAGUGUCGCUCAGUCCGUACCCUAAAUUUUUCGCAAGAAUCAACCAAUCGGUGGGACGAGCCUAGACGGGCUGAGAGCGAUGGAUUGAUUGGUCUUUCGUUAUCCUUUUGGGAGAGAACGGGAGCACGCUACGAGGAUGAUGAUAACGUCGACUACUAUAGUUCGCCUAGUGCCCAGUUCAGUGCUAUUGCCGACAGGGUCUUUACAACGAACCAAGCUUUGCAGGCAGACCGUAUCGCGGAAGACAUCUGUGGGAUGGGUUGGAACUGCUCAACUGUCAUCCAGUUCAUCGGCCCAGGAUACAAGUGUGAUUCGGUCACCCCGAAGUCGGGCAUCUUCAUCGACGACUUUGCAGGAGUCGAGGCCCCGUUCAACAUGACCGAACUGGCACCCGAGGGGAGCCAUACCUACUUUGCUAGGACACAAGAAGGGGAUUAUGGUGCUCAGAUUCAAUUGAAUGAAACCGGGAAACCUAUUCAACAACCCCCUUACCCUGCCAACCUUGGAGCCUUCAAAGCUGAGCCCAUUAUCUGGCUUGGCUACACCACUGUUGACGAUAUCAACAAAACGCAACCUGAAAACAAGAGCGCAAAGGGAUGGGAUGAGGCGUUUACACCUGCUGUGCUAGCCUGCGAGCACUAUGUGACAAACUAUACCGUCAAUCUCACAUACACUGGUGGUCUGCAGACGUACAACAUUACUCAACGAGACUACAUGCACAAGGUCAUCGACACCACAUUCCAGAGGACCCUUGAGGUUCCUACCGAUGGGCUUUUGAACGGAGUAGAGGCAGUUCCCGAGGAGAACUAUGUCCUCCCGACUAAGGACAACAUGGAGACGUACCGUCGCAUAGCUGCCUACCACUCAGUCGGCAAGGCUCUACGAGACAUGCUUAACGGGGAAAUCAAGCUCCCGAACCAUAUCUCAAAGUCAAAGGUCAUGGUCUCCAGGCUUUUGCACAAACUCGAUUACAUCGCCGUUCCCGAUCUCCAACAGGAAGUCCGCAGAUUGUACGAAGACCUCCUCAUCUCACUCCUCUCGAACCCCCAGCUGCUUGUGGUAUCUUGGGCAGACAACACCUCUGAGCUCGCAGGGACAUUUCCCGGUGGUCCAUUGUAUCCAUGCUACCGACACAAACUCGUGAACAAGUUUGCUUACCAGUGGGAGAUCCUCUUGGCUGUCUAUUCCAUCUCGUUUGUCAUUGCACUGGUCGGCGUGGUGUCCGGGAUGUAUGCCAUGUGGAAGGACGGAGUGCAUGAACAGCGCGAGAUGACUUUUUCUACAAUUGCCGGAGCAACCAAGAAUUUGAGUUUAGAUCAGUACAGGGAUAAGGAGACGAUGAUCAAGUCAUUUCACGUGGGACAAGGCCCUGCGGGUCGAGUAUACGAGUUUGCCCUUCGAGAUGGGGGUGAAGACAACAGUUCGAGGUCCGCUCUGGAUGGUAAGCCUGGGUUAAGGGGAACGACAGUUUGA